CCGCCAUUAUUGAAGGAAAAUUUGUUUUGAGUGAGAGAAAACCAUACAAGAUCUGGUAGGAUCCUUAAUCCGCCUAGAGAGGAAAGAGGGAAAAUAUGACUGACAAUGACAAACCAUUUGCCUGUCAGGCUAAAGGCUGUAAUAUGCGCUUUGCCAAUGAGGACCAUUUGGUUGUACAUACUGCUAGACAUGAAAUGUCUCUAGCACUGUCAGCAUCAACAGGAUCUAGUGCAAUCACUAGUAUGAGCGCCAACAUCUUCUUUGUUGAUCAAACACCAACUCCAACCAAAUUUCUAAAAAACUGUGAGGAAGUUGGUUUAUUCCAUGAUCUGAAAAAUCCAUUUGAGGAAGCAUUCAAGAAAGCAUCAAACGAAGGAGAGGUAGGGAGUCCUUUACCUGGGCCUUCAAGUCACCCUGGCCUGGCUAGUCCAUUACCAGGACCCCAUAGUCAAACUAUAAACACCCCUCAACCUAUGAACACACCAGUUAUACCAAAAGUGGUUGAGGUACAAUCUACUUCCGACUUAGAGGAUAGAGACAUUCCCCACAAACUGUUCAAGACUAAAAAACAUCGGAAGCAGAGUCCACUUACAAAAGACACUACCCCAAGAAAAUCCGAUAAAAAUGAAAAGGAAAAAUCAGACAAUGAGGAAUCACUUAUAAUUGUGAACUCCUCCCCAGAACCAGAGAAAGACCUCCACAACAAUGAACAUAUUCCUGUUGCAGUCACACAGACAGGGAGUGAACCCCUCGGACCAGAAACCAUAGCCAGCCCCAUGGAAAAUCCCCAAUUAGUUCCAUCAAUCUCACCAGUGGAUAUCCCUGUCCCACAAGUGGAAGUCACUGUAGCUGUAGACAAUAAUUCCAAAGCAAAAGUGAAUCAGAUUGAACAACAGGGGCCUGUAAAUGAUCCCCAAGUGAUUCCUGUGCCAGUUACCAUGGUGCCAAAUAUAGUCAGUCGACCCACUGAGGAAGUGCACUCAAGCCCCAGUACUCCAAAAAGCAUUCCAAGCUCCCCAGUGGCUGUUCCAGCAUCCCAGGACCCCAAGCAGAUCCAAGUGAUAUUACUACAACUCCCCACAGGCCAGACUGUUCCUGUUGCAAUACCAUCUGGCCUUGCUAAUCCACAGGUCAAUUUUCCCGCUGCAGUACCACUUCCUUCCCCACAGAAUGUGUCUCCCCUAACCAAUAGUUUACGGGCAGCUAAACGGGCACCUGUCACCAAUGUGGUUUCCAGUACUUCACAGAUGACAAAAUUAAAAUUGAAAGAGGCAUUAACCCAAAACCAAAUCCCAGAUGCUGUGGCAAGAAUGAACAGUCAGCAGCAGUCACCUGGCUCUGAGAGACACAGUGUUAUGUCUCCUGUGUCACCUGCCUACUCUGAACUUUCAGAGGCUGAUUCAUCUGUUCCAUAUAAAAGAAGACGUAUAGAGAGUGCAGAUGAUGACAUUGAAGAAAGACGCCAGAAAUUCUUGGAGCGUAAUCGUGCAGCAGCAGCUAGAUGUCGUGACAAGAGAAAACAGUGGAUCAAUACUUUGGAAGCCAAAUCAGAAGCCUUGGAGAAUAAGAAUUCGGAACUACAGAAUGAGAUCAAUAAACUGCGAGAUGAGGUUGUGUCAUUGAAAUCAAUGUUGAUACUACAUAAAGACUGUAACGUCACAAAGAUGCAGCUAGCAAUGGCCAAACAGGCUGCCGAGAACCUGACUAGUGCAGUUCCAACUAUCACAGUGUCAAGUCCUGCAGACAAAGAAUCUGCAUCAGUGGUUCCCCUGUCCUCAAUCUACCCACAGGGAGCAGUUAUUCCACAGCACAACAAACCUGUCACCACGGAAAUCGUAAUUGACCCCAGGGGACUCGAUCUGACAAUGUCUGCUGUCCCAAUACAAAUGAAACCAAUAAAACUGGCGUCAAAACCAAAGUGAAUUUAAUAUGUAUUAAUUAUGUGCUUUGUAUUUUAUUCCUCUAUUCUACAGUAUUGUGUGUGUGUAACGUGUUUGUUAUAGGGAGACGUAUUUUAUAUAUGUGAUUACUCAUGAGAUUUUAAAACAUUUGUUAUAUUAUGAUAAUAAUAUUAAUGAUAAAUAUUAAUAAUUCACACUGUAAGUAUGCAGUCAACAGUAGACAUGAAGAAAUAGACUUUUCUUUGAGCCAGUGUAAAGUUUUACCCUUUUAAACAAGAUUAUACAACCUGGCAAUCUCAAACCACGACAUGAGUUCAUUGUACAGAUUGCUUAUGGAAACGGACUUGUACAUUUUUGUUGGGUCUGCUGUAUUUUAAGGGGGGGGGGUGAUUUUGCACAAAUAUGGAACAUGUUCUCUUUUCUAUUUACUAUUAAGAAAAUGCACACAUGUCCCAAAAGUUUAAUAUGUGAACUGGUACCAUUUCUUGAAUUAUAUACUGACUCUAAGCAGAUAAUGUGGAUGAAUUGUAGAGAUGUUCAAUUUAAUAGCUAUGAAAUGUGUGGAACGGCUUGCUUCUUAGUGAAUUCUUACAGAACAAUAUAUCAAUCACAAUUAUCUCAACAAAUUUCUUAAUCAUUUCACGUCAUAGUUAAAAUAAAAUAUGAUAAAUGAAGUAUUGUGAAAUGAGUAUUUGUUAUUUAUCGUAGUUCAGUUAUUCAUGUAUACUUAUAGAGGGUUCUACUGAUAUGAGUGGACACAUACUCGUAUAUGUAAAAAUAAAAAAUACAGUUAAACUUGUGUCGAAGUCGAACACUCUUGGUUCCAUUGAAAGUGUUCCACAUAAGGUGUUACACAUAAGAGGUUCCAUUACCAUUCAGUGUGUUAAAUCUGUGUUAGGGAUUGUGAAAGGUGUACCAUUUAUAGAGGUGUUCCACUUAUAGAGGUGUUCCACU